GUGCGCGCACUGCAGUGUGGCGGCGCUGUGUCUUGGCUCUUGACGACGUCCCCCUUCUCUGUUCCUCCUGCGCACCUUCAUGACGACCACAAUGGCCUCAGGACUCCGCUCACCACCCACACCGCGCUCCAGCGCACCCUCGCCCCGCCCGUCCGCGCCAUCACCGCGGCCAACUUUCGACUCCGAAUUGGCUCGUGCAUACAUGAAGAAGCUGCUACAAACGACGCUGGGAAGCGCUUCCUGGCCCGAGCCGCGCGAGCGCGAGAAGGUGAAGGCGUGGAUAAAGGAGAUAGGCGAGCGCGUGAAGGAGCGGAUGUUAGAGAUCCAGCCAAGAGGAUUUAAAUACAUCGUCCUGACGCAGAUAAAUGAGAACCUCGGUCAGGGAGGAAGAGCCGACCUAGUCUGCCACUGGGAGGAUUCCGAUGCGGUAGCUCAAGAGGUGUUCGCCAAUGACUCCAUCAUGUGCAUCUGCGUCGCAUUCGCCGUCCGGACAAUCUAGGUGCUCCGUCCGUCGAAACCCGCUGUCGUGCAACCCACGACGAUGUCAUACCCCGCCGUCUAGAGGACUGUAAUUCGGAGAUACCCCUCAUCAAUCAUGCCGCUUGCUAUCCUACUCGCCCUGCGUGAACCCGGCGCAGAAUCCGCCGGUACCCUCACCCGUGUCCCGCAAUCCAGACCACGGCAACUAGGCAAGCAUCAGGCAACAUUAAGGGUGCCAUCGUUGUCUGCGAUGACGGAACGGAUGCCGCCGAUCGUGGCUGCAGAUGCCCACCUUGGUCCAAGUACGUGGCCAGGGGAUGCGCACUGCCUGUGAACCUCGCUGCUAGCCGUUAUCUGGACGCUCGUUCGUCCCAAACCAAUCCAUUGAGUCCUGCUUUG